GGCUCCUGGCCUCGAGCCCGAAAAGAAGCGAUACUGGGGCGGUUUUGGCGCCGUUUUGGGGUGUUAAAGGUGCAAUGGAAGAGCCUGCAGCUCCCAAAGAACCCCACGAGGCGGCCGAUGCCCCAACAGGUGCCCAGGGAGAAGGUGAGGGUCCUCCGAGGCCCAGCCACCGGACGCGCCCAGUUACCCGGCAUCCUACGGCUGCAGGCCCAGCCCCCUUCCGCACGGUACGUCUUAGGCCUGCCUAUGCUUCCGGGGGCGGGGCCGGGCCCAGCUUUCUUCCCGGCCCACGCCGCAGCGGCAGCUGGACAAAGCAAGUCGUCUGCAGGUAUUAUCUGCAUGGGCUGUGCAAGGAGGGGGAGAACUGUCGCUACUCCCACGACCUCUCAGGCCGGCAGGAGGCCAGGGAGGGCCGCGGGUCGCCGCCUGGGGCCUCUGCAGAGCCAGGCCCCAGCGCGGCUGCGCAAGACGAGCCCCUGCCUCAGGAAGUGGCGUGCGCCCCUCCUGCUGCGUCCUCACGCUACUUGCCUGUGAUUGGCUCGGCUGCUGAAGGGGGCUUCUUUGAAGCCGAGACCGAAGGCGCAGGCCUGGAAGCUGCGCAGGGAGCGGGUGCGGAAGGCUGGGCGGGCGCGGCGGCAAGCUGGGCGGAUGCCGUUGAGUUUGUUCCUGGGCAGCCCUAUCGGGGCCGGGGGACCGUUUUUGCCCCCGAAGCUCCUUCUCAGAGCUCGGCGACUGAGUGGGAGUACGUUGCUCUGGGCGCUGGGACGCAGCUUUGCCGCGAUGCUGCCAUGGGGCAGUGCUUUCGUGGGGAGAGCUGUGCGUAUCUCCACGGAGAGAUAUGCGACUUGUGUGGGCAGCAGGUCUUGCACCCGAUGGAUGCUGACCAGCGGGCAGACCACAUAAGAGCCUGCAUUGAAAUGCACGAAAGAGAUAUGGAGCUCUCGUUUGCCGUGCAGCGCAGCAAGGACAAAGUGUGUGGCAUCUGCAUGGAGGUUAUCUAUGAGAAAGCCAACCCCAGUGACUGCCGCUUUGGCAUCCUCUCCAACUGCAACCACUCCUUCUGUCUUAAGUGCAUCCGCAGGUGGAGGACUGCCAGAGAGUUUAGGAACAGGCUUAUCAAAUCCUGCCCGGAGUGCAGGGUCACCUCCAACCUUGUCAUUCCCAGUGAGUUCUGGGUGGAGGAGGAGCAUGAGAAGGAGGAACUUAUUCGGAAGUACAAGGCGACCCUGAGAACCAAGACCUGCAGGUAUCAUAUUCCAGGCAGGGGUUGCUGUCCCUUUGGAGCGACUUGUCUUUACAAGCAUGCAGACCCUGAGGGCGAGGGAGAGGAGGAGGAGGAGGAGGAGCAGGAGGAGCCUGAGAGGCAGGGGAAUGGGGCCCGCGGCGGUCACCCCAGGAGACCUUCGGAGCCUGAGCAGGUGGGAGAGGGCAGCAUGCUCUUUCAAACCAGUAAAAAAGAGCUUGUCACGCUUUGGCUGGCCAGUCUGUUGUUGUUUAAGUGUUUUUUUCCACUGGGAGAUAAGGAGCUUUUCUCAGACACCCAGUGGGACUUGCUCCGUGGGGCGCUGGGAACAUAUCCCCGCUUGAGUCUGUGGCAUUUCGCUGUGGCAUGUGGUGUAGUGUGCUGAGGCUCUGUCAUCGGCCGUUGCCUGUUCCCUGUUUAUAGACACAUCUACCAUGUACGGCAGCUGUUGGAGCCAUUUCUAUAGAUCAUCCAUCCGUUUUCUUGCCCAUCCCCAUUUCUCUCCCCCAAAGAGUGUGGUGUGUCACAAAAGUCACAAAACGUUUUUAAACUUGUUGUUUGGUGAAAUGCAUCAUUGCUGUCAGUUUAUGGUUUAUUUUGUCAUCUCUGUUUUCAACAGGAUUGACUCAGUUCUAGUCUAGUGUUUACAGGAUUUCCACACUCAUUUUGAAGCCCCUCAAGAGUAAAUGGGACAGGGUGAAGGGAGAAGUCUUAACUGAACGAGGAAGUUUUUGCUGCUACAGCUUUAAGAAAUGGACCCUCGGGGGGCCUUGUGCGUGCAGCUGCUCGUCUCUGCUGUUUACAUGUCUGUUCUUUCCCUGAUUCCUUUCAAGUGCACUUUUUAACUUGUGGUGACCUCGUGCGUUUGUGUUUUACUUGACCAGAACCAGGUGUAUAUGUUUACAUGUUUUCAUCCUGCUUAACUUGAUGUGAAAUUAUAUGUGGACGUAUAUAUUUAAAAAUUAUAUAUAAGCAUAUAUGCAUAUGAGUGAGUAUAAAAGUUAUCUGAACAUAUAUAUAAAGGACAUAUAUAUCUCGUAAUGUAGUAUAUUGUGUGUGUAAUAAAAUAAAUA